AUGACCGUGACAGCAGAUGCAAUCGCCUCCACCGUUCUGAAGGAGUUUAACAAACUUUCAGCGAAAAGGAAGCCUCAGAAUCGAGGAAAUGGAGCCCACGAGUGGGUGCCUCUCGCGGGCAUCGUCGCUCGACAUGCUGACGGAUCUCUCAGGUGUCUAGCUCUUGCUACGGGCAUGAAAUGCCUCCCCGUCUCCAAACUGCCCCUUGCUGAAGGCCGCAUCCUACACGACUGGCACGCUGAGGUUCUUGCUCUACGCGCACUCAACCACUUCAUUUUGGAGGAAUGCCGGGCACUCCUCCUCCCCGAGGGCGGCAAGGCAUCUCCAUACAUUCGUCGCAGGACAGAUCCUGAUACCAGUGGACACAACCAGCCAUUCGUGUGGGCAGGCGAGAUUACUCUGCACAUGUACUGCUCUGAGGCACCCUGCGGCGACGCCUCCAUGGAGCUGGUAAUGAGUGCGCAGGAAGACGCCGCCCCGUGGGAGGCACCACUGUCCUCGGGAGCUGACCCGACCGCGCCGGACCUACUGCUGCUGGGCCGUGCUUGCUUCUCCCAUCUCGGCGUUGUGCGGCGGAAACCCGCCCGGCCCGAUGCACCGCCUACGCUGUCCAAGUCGUGCUCGGACAAGCUUGCGCUUAAGCAGUGCACGUCUCUGCUCAACUCGCUCACCUCACUUCUAGUGAGCCCGCAAGGCAUCUACCUGGACUCACUGGUGUUGCCGGAGAGCCAGUUCUCCGAGACGGCUUGUCAGCGGUGCUUUUCUCAUCGGGGCCGGAUGGCCGCUGUGACAGAGGUUCAGUGCGGAUGGACAGGUGGCUACCAGUUCUGGCCGUUUGAGACCAAGACGACGGCGUUGGAGUUUGACUUUUCGCGAAGAGUUAGUGGAGGAGGAGGAGGAGGAGGGGGCGAGGGCGGGGCGAGAUAUGUCGCUAGCAACCUUGCGACCGCUUGGACAGCGAAUGGUCUUGUAGAGAAUAUCGUCGGGGGAGUGUUGCAAGGACGGAAACAGACGGAUCCUCGUGGUGGAAGUAAGCUUAAUAGAGAAGGAUUGUGGCAUUUGGCUCAGGAUGUUGCCAUCCGGGCUGGGGUACCAGAGAUUGUGCCUCAUGGAGGACCGUACAAGGAUGUGAAAGACGCAGAGAAGCUGGCAGUCAGGCGGAGGGUCAAAGAGGAUGUGAGGGCCGAAGCGCUCAAGGGAUGGGUGAGAAACGUGGGCGAUGAGGAUCAUUUUCUGGAUGUCUAA